CCGAGCAAGAAUGAGAGUGAGUUGCGAAGAAUAAAAGCAGCAACAAGAGCAUUAGAGAGGCUUCUUAGAGAGGAUAGGGAAUUCUUCGUAAGAUGGCGCCUUGACUUUCUGGAGAGUGGAAAUGAGAGAGUUUGCAGCAGAGAGGAGCAAAAAGACUCGCUUGAGUCGACAGGAAGGACAGGUGGGUUGUCGGAGGCUGCAAUGUCGAAAGAAAAGGUGAAGGGAGAAGGAACGUCAGAACAAUGAUAGAAGGCGAUGAGCUUUGAAAAAUAUAGUAUGCGCAUAGUAGGAAGGGCAAACGGGUCCAUCGCCUGUGUGGUGAUACAAUUGCUCCACGACGAGUUCGGGGACAGCCUGGACAGGAACUGGCGGGACGAGGAGGAAGAAGAAGAAGACGGCGAGGAGGAGGAUGACGACGAAGAAGGAGAGGGCGAGGAGGAGGACGACGACGAAGAAGGAGAGGGCGAGGAGGAGGACGACGACGAGGAGGAGGACGAAGAAAAUGUGGACGAGAAGGAGGCCACGGCGAUGGAGGAGGAGGAGGGAGAUGACUUAGAGGAGGAAGAAGAAGAAGAGGAGGAGGAGGAGGAGGAGGAGGASKGAGAAGGGGAUGAGGAAGAAGKGGAGGAGGAAGAAGAGGAGGAAGGUCCGACGAUGGAGGGCGGAGGAGGAGGAGGKGGGGGGGGGGAGGAGGAGGAGGAGGUCCCGGCGAUGGAGGAAGAAGAGGAAACAAAGGAGCAGGAGGAGGAGGUGGAGGAAGAACAAGAAGAGGGCGAGGAGGAGGAGGAUGACGACGAAGAAGAAGAGGGCGAGGAGGAGGAGGACGAGGAGGAGGAGGACGAAGAAGAGGUGGAGGAGGAUGCCACGACGAUGGAGGAGGAGGAGGGAGAGAACUUAGAAGAGGAAGAUGGAGAAGAGGAGGAGGAGGAAGAGGCGGAGGAGGACUGGGAAGGGGAUGACGAAGAAGCGGAGGAGGAAGAAGACGAGGAGGAGGAGGAGGAGGAAGAAGAAGGGACUGGGGGGCGGAGGAGAUACACAAACUCUGGGAGGCUUUAUGGACUUUCUAUUCCGACGAUCCACGGUACUGGUCAGACCAUGGACCUCACUGGUGGGACCAGUACGUCACUCGGGAUGAAGCAACGAAGACCAUUCACCCGGCGUUGUGGUGGGAGCUUCAUGCCAGCCGUUACUCAAAGUUGCAAGCCAUCGCGAAGAAGGUACUUGACAUGUGGUCGACAGCAACUCCUUGCGAGCGCAACUGGGCGACUCACGAUUUCAUACACACGAAGAGGCGCAACAACCGCUCUGCUAAGAGUGUUGAUAAACUCAUGUUCAUACAUUGGAACAUGCAGGCUUCUCAGUGCCAGCAGGCGGCCGGAGAGUCGUUAUAUCGACGUGUGGCCGGAUAUGGUAGAGCACCCCCCUGAGGAGAUCGACGACACAGAUGUCAUCCCCGCAGAUGUGGUUGAGGAUGACAGGGAGCUCAUGGAUCAGGUUAACCGUCGCAAGGACGGUCGUAACCGGAUCACGUCUGUAUCGACAGAUGAUCGUGUGGCAGAUGCAAUGUCCCCAUGGCAGGAUGCGGUGUGGAUGCACCGCGAGAUGAUGGACCAGCCGCAGGAGGAUCAGGGCAGAGGAAAGGCGGUUGCAGAAGACCAGCACGAUAUUUUCGAUGAUUGGGUGACAUUGGACCCUCACACGGACCUCGACUCGUACGUCGAUGGCAGUUUACAAGCGGUGAGGACCCUCCGGAGCCAUGUGGGAGACCACGUCGAUGUCGAGGGUCUAUUGGCGACAGACGAUGCAGAGGGGGCAGAGGAGGACAUUGAGCACCACCACGACGACAUUCUUGCCUCAACGUCACAACCACGGGUGGUGGAGAUAGGGUCACCGGGCGCCACAACAUCACAACGCGUCAAUCAUCCAUCGUCCUCCCGUUUUGCACGGCCGACCAGCGUCGAUUCCUGAGGUCUGGAGGCGCAUGCUUCUGCCGCGUCAGGUUCCCCUGCUUUCACUAUC